AUGGCUAUGGAAGAUUCUGACAAGAAGACCGAAGUAGUCCUGCUGGCCUGUGGGUCCUUCAAUCCCAUUACCAACAUGCAUCUAAGGCUAUUUGAGCUGGCUAAAGACUACUUUCAUGAAACAGGAAAAUACAAAGUAAUCAAAGGAAUAAUUUCACCAGUAGGUGAUGCAUAUAAGAAGAAAGGUCUGAUCAGUGCGAAUCACCGAGUAACUAUGGCAAAACUAGCUACCAAAAACUCAGAUUGGGUGGAAGUUGAUGAUUGGGAAAGCAGCCAGAGUGAGUGGUUGGAAACACUAAAAGUUUUAAGGUACCAUCAUCAAAAGCUUUUAUCUCCUGAUCCCACCAAUAGUCUGCAGAAUGCCAUACCUUUAACAAAGCCAGGACGGAAGAGGAAACAGGAACCAAAUAGGCAUGACCCCGUUAAAAAGAAAAAUCAGAAUCCAGAUAUAAAAAGUGUCCCACAGGUUAAACUGCUUUGUGGAAGUGACAUGCUGGAAUCUUUUGCAAUCCCCAAUCUGUGGAAGUUGGAGGACAUCACUGAAAUUGUGGAAAAUCAUGGCCUUGUGUGCAUCAGUAGGGCUGGAAACAGCGUUCAGAAAUUCAUCUAUGAAUCUGAUAUUUUGUGGAGACAUAAGAAUAACAUUCACCUUGUGGAAGAAUGGAUCACAAAUGACAUUUCCUCCACCAAGAUUAGGAGAGCACUGCGGAGGGGCCAGAGCAUUCGUUACCUAGUGCCUGAUGUAGUUCAAGCAUACAUAGAAAAAAAUAAUCUGUAUAGUCCAGAGAGUGAAGACAGGAACGCUGGGGUUGUCUUGGCUCCCUUACAGAAGCAUGCAAGUGAUUCCAAGAACUAA